AGGUAUAUGCUGGCAACUCCGUCACCCGUUCUUUCAUUUCCAAAGGAAAAUAACAAACGGAAUGGCUGACGCAGCCCCUUCGACAGCGCCUAAGGCGAAAGCGCCCAAGACCAAGGCGCCUAAAGAGAAAGCCGCCAAGGCUGCCCCUGCGGCUCCUGCGGAGCCCCCGAAGGCGGUACGCAAAGUAUCGUCAAAGCCCCGUCACGGCAGGCUGUACGCCAAGGCCGUAUUCACAGGAUACAAGCGUGGUCUCCGAAACCAGCACGAGAACACAGCCCUCUUGAAGAUCGAAGGCGCCCGCAGCCGCGACGACGCCGAGUUCUACGCCGGCAAGCGCUGCGUGUACGUGUACCGCGCCAAGAAGCGCACUCCCAUCGCGGGCGGCCCGCGCGGCAAGAAGACCAAGCUGCGCGCCAUCUGGGGCAAGGUCACGCGCGCGCACGGCAGCUCCGGCGGCGUGCGGGCCCGCUUCCGCACCAACCUGCCCGCGCAGGCCAUGGGACACAGGAUACGCGUGAUGUUGUAUCCUUCCAGGAUCUAAGACCUUCCUGUUAAGUAAUAUAAGCGUAAAAUAAAAAACACCAAAAAAAUUUGAAA